AGGUCUCUGUGGAGCUGUUGACGUCUCUACACUGGCUACAUUUUCAUCCACCUAACCACGCUCCUUCGUGUUCAAAUUUAAUCACGUUUCGCCACUUCCUAAAGAGCAGAGACCGAUUUUCCUAUUUCGAUGUACCAGUUAGAAAUAGAAGGAUUGAUCUUUUUGUCUUUGAUUUCCUGCUCUUGGUUCUUGAUAUCCAAUUUUUGAGGCUGCCAAAGCGGUGGCUUCCUUCUCCUGCACAGCCGGGACUGAUUUCAACAAUCUUCCAAUAGUAGAGCCAAGAGAAUUUGUAGACAUAGGUCAGUCGAAGUUCGUGACGCCGUGCAUGUAACAAGGCCCACACUGUGGAGUCAACGCAGAUCUUUUUGCGAGCACAGAGUGAAUGAAUGAGUGCCAGCCAAUACAUAGUAGUAGAAAGCACUUGGCAUUGGCUAACAGAGGUUACUUUUUUUGUAUGGUCGUGAUCAAGAACACGCACCAGUUCGUUAUUUUUAUCUUUUGAGAUAGUAUGUUUUUAAGAACAUGUCGCCCUAGGUAGCAGGGAUCGAGUUCGAUUGAUUACUUUUGCGGUUGCGCCGCCUACUCAAGAAGUACGAUGCUGGACAACCACUGUUAUCGUCUCUUCAGAAGCGCAGCAAAACGUCCAUGAAAUGAAUGUCAUACUUGCUGCUUCCACAUCCACGAUCACCUUUACAUCAACCUUGCCGCAGUCGUAAUAAAUCUAAUGUGAGAACACGCUGUAGAUGACGGCGGACAAACAGAUUUGCUUUGGCCGCAGGCGCACCAUCUGCAGGUUGGUCCUCCACUAACUGAGAAGCCGUAGCGGUCGUCCUUGCGAUUCCAGGAUGCAGUAUGCAUGCUGGAAUGAGAAGACGCCGCUGCUUCGGCCAGGAAGAAAUCGCGACUUCACGACUAAAAUGCACGACUAAAGCGCACGUCGAGUUGGGCACAUAGUAGACCAUCUCGCAGCACCUGAAGCAGGUCGUUGACUGAAGUGUAGAGAUUCUCGUGCUGGCGCCGCCUCGAAACAGCAACAGAACUUCACACCACGACGAGGACCUCACUCGGAGUAGGGGACCGACUACAACAAUAUACGCGCAUGCAAUAACCAGGAACAAGAGAAAACGCUUUGUUUUGCGUCACCAGACAUAAAGGACCAGCACAACGAAUGUAAAUUAAGAAGUUGCUUGCAUUGUUUACGCAUCACCAGGCAUACUUGGACUUCAAAAUGGUGAAGAGCUCAAGCGAUGAAAACGAAGAUGAAGAGUGCCCGCUUUGCCUGGAUAGACUGGAUGCGACCGAUCGCGUUUUUUUCGCGUGCACAUGUACUUACUCCUUUUUUUUCUGAAGAUUCAAAUGCUUGGUCGUGUUGAAAAAUUAUGGUGAAGUUAUUGAUUAGAAGCAGUUCCUAAUCUAAAUGAACUUUUAUCAAUCUCCAGGAUUUUUUAGCUCGACAGAUGAUAAAAUAAAGAUGAACUAGAACAUGCUGAACCUUUCAAACGUAUUUUUCUCAGGUAAUUACCAAGUUUGCAUGUUUUGUGUGCAGCAUAUCAGGGAUUACGGAAAUGGAACAUGCCCUGCAUGCCGUCAGCCCUACGAUGACUCCAAUUUUCGAUUUCUCGGAGGCAGACCUGGCGCCACGGAAGAAGCACAGCGUCCAAGUAGUUACUUCAGUUCAUUUUUCCUACGUGCAUCUUCACAGUAUAUCUCAGAAGAGCCUUUAUAUAUAUGGAGUGGUCCAGGGUGGGAUAGCGGUCCAGAGAAGUAGAAAGUGGGCCAGAGUGGAAAGCCGAGAUCAGAAGAGGGGAUGGGUGGCAGACAAGGCGAUCAAGAACGGUGGACGAAGGAGAAAAGGGAACGAGGGGGACGGGGAAGUGCCGGAAGAGCAGGGGAGGGGAUGAAAGACGGGAGAGGCAGGGGAGAUGAGAACAAGAAGAGAGGGGCGCCAGAAGCGAAAGGGCCCGAGGGAUGGGAGGGUGGAGGAACCAAGGAAAAGGCGAGCGUGGACAAAACUAAACGCGCGAAAGAAGCGAAGAGGCAAGCAAAGACAGCAGAGACACGCAAGCGGCACGCCAGUCGCAGAUCUCAAGACGAUAAUCUACUUGCGCCACGCUGCCCUUGCAAAAAUUUGGGGGGGAGGCGGGGGGGAUCUCAAGGACGCAGCAAAGUUCUCCUGGCCGGCAGAGUCGACCAAGGGAAGGCCACAAGCGGCCGCACCUCUAUGAUUAUGACAACGAAGAGCAGAGGCCCGCCCCCUCGCUCUGAGAUCGACAGCGCGCGGCCUUUCACGAUGGUUGGAAUGCCACACGCAGCGAAGCCACCGCCGAGCGACUGACAAGCCUCAAGCGCGGGCACUUCCUCCACCGCUUGGGGCGCGUCCUCCUUGCUGGCGCUUGGAUCUUGGUGGAAGAGCGAGCGAGACAGCAAAGACCACGCGGCGCAACAACGUGCACCAGCGGCCGCAGACCAGCGCCGCCGAGCGGUGCUCGUCUUUGUCUCCUUGCCGCCUCAGGCUGCUCGCCCCCGGUCAGGAAUGGAGGCUGCGCUGAGCCCCCGGGGGGCACUCAGCCGCCAGCAAAUACGGGCGCCCAGUCGCUUCCCUUGGCACUGCCGCCCCGACCUCAAGGCACAACCGUGGCAAGCCCGCCGGGGUACCAAGGUGCUGAAACAAAAGGCCCCCCAAGCUAGCGCCUUGCCUCGAGAGGAUUGCCUGUCUCUUGUCUAUCACCGAGUAGACGCCUAACAUCAUCCGCGACCUUUGGCAUAAUUAUCGCGGCUGCGACUUGGUUCAGGGUGGCAGAAAUUCCACCCCGGACUGGUUUGGGCGGGGAUAAAAUAAACUUGCAAAAACCUGGGCCACGGUGAGAUAGGAGCCAAAUCAAGGGAAAGAAUUGCCAGCGUUCCACCCUGAACCAGAGCGGGAGCCAGCCUGAACCAGGUCCACCCUGAGCCGCUGCAUAUAUGACAAACGUCUUUGCUGCUCGUUGUACUUGUCUCACCUCUGGUCUGCCUGGGUGCUGGUUCAUUUGAGUCAGUGUUCUGGUCUACGAUGUGCACGUUUAUCCGAAAUUACAAGGUAAAGUUCAGAUAAUUUGAUGAAAAUCUCGAUCUUCUCUCAGGCAGUCAAAUCGAAUCUGAGCAGCCAGCGGUUGCCGCGCAGCGAGUAUCCAAGACGUCGAAGGAACCUACUUCGUCUUACAACAAAAAGGAGGCCACUGCUACAUUGUCACAACAACAAAAAACAAGCCCGGAUAAGAAAGGAGUGUCAACAGCGAAACGCGUCUUCCCCGAAAUCACUGAUGAAAGCUUGAGAAGCAAACUCGUUGACGUGCUCAAGUCAAAACGAGUGCCACAACGAAACUCCGUUUACGUCACAAACAUCGUUCCGGCUUUAGCACUCGAUACAGCGUUGCGGGAUGAGUCUAUGUUCGGCAAAUACGGAAAAAUUUUGAGGGUAACAAAAAGAAAAUAGAGUCUUGUGCAUGUAAUUAGUCGUAUUAGUGCUGGUACCUGAUUAAGUUGUAGGUUUGAAAUGAUUACUUAGAUAGAUGUAGGCUACAUAAGAUAUGAGGUUUUUUAUCGUUGCCGAAUACGAACAAAUAGUCGUCGAUAAUAUUUAUUUAGUGAUACAACAACUGAUCGAAGACGAAGAUGAGCAUCUUCUUCAAUAAUUUCUUGCAAAGAGGACGAUGCUGAUUGCAUUACCACGGUUUCAACACAUCAAUAACAGGUAACAGUGUCAGACAAAGCAUUCAAACCACGCGGAAGUGACAAAAGUUUUUAUGCGGCAACGAUUGUUUAUGAAAAGGACACCAGUGCCGCAGCAGCCAUCGCAGCUCUGGAUGGAGACUCUUCUUUCGGAGAAGGAGCACUUAGCGUGACACCAGGACAGAACCGCUACUGUGUCCAUUGGCUUGAGGGACAAGAAUGCUUCCGAAGGGGAAACUGUACUUGUUUUUUCCUCGGCCAUUUCUUGAACUACGUGAUUGUGGUCGGUCGGCUACAUUAUACGUGUCAAAUACAUGAUGGGCUAGGACGUAUUAGCAAAAGUUGAUGUAAGUACUAGUUGUACCUACUGUAAAAAUGUUUCUGAAGAAAACACUUUCAGAAAUUCAUUUUCAUCAAUUUAACUUCAAUUUCAAUCAGGCAAUUACCUCCAUGAGUUGUAUGAGGGGCACCGCGAUUUGAAAGCGCUCGAAAAGGAGGCCGCAACGAAGGGAGGGAAAAACGCACUAAAAGGUUCUGGCAAGAAGGGCUAUAUUACAGCCAGCGUCAGCACGGGCAAAGGAGAUCGCUAUCCUAUAUUUUCAGGGCCAGCUGGGAUCCCACUCACUGCGUCAGCGCCAUCUUCUGGCAAACCUAGAGGCGCGCUCGUGCCGGACCCCACCGGUCGUGGCAGUGGCACAGCAAAUGGCACAACGGCAACGUCGGUGGCCCCUGGCAGUGGUGUCCUGUUCUCGAGCACAGCGGCUGCUUCUAGUAGUAAGACCGGGACGACAACGUCCUCUAGUUUAGUCGGCGAAGGAAAGAACAAGAAGGGGCUCGGCAAAUAUAAACAAGCGCAAGAAGUAGAAGCAUCAUCUGGAGGUGAGUCAGGUGCUGAUACAGCACGAAACCAAAAAACUUCUCCUGGUGCUGGUGCCCCUUCAACGUCUACGAAAAACGACGGGAAAAACUACAAUAAGAAACAAUCUUCCAAAGACGCUGCUGCUGCUGCUGCAGCUGUUUCCUCUUCACCUGCCACCGCCGCCCAGUCGAAGUGCUUUGAUGAACGGGAUGCACCUAGCCCAGCCAGCAAGCAAGCAUUCGAAGAGAUGGCGCUCUGUGACGUGUCCCAAGGUCCCAGCGUCAAUAAAAAGCAAAAGGAGUGGGGCAAUCGAAAGUGGGCCAUUUAUCACCACGAAAAGGUAAGCUCUGCCUACAGUGUGAAUGAGUGGUUCCUCUAUUUUCUCAAGAAGAAGAAAGACAUGCUGGACGCAGAACAAGAACAACAGAAAGCAGCGGCCACGGCCACAACCACGACUAGCGAGAAGAGCAACAAGGCAGCACCACCACAAGCAGGUCCCGUGGAAAACAACCCACAGGCGUCCAAAAACGGAGAAAAGACGUAUUUUUCUACGCGUGGUCAGUUGUACUAGGAUUUUUACUCGUGCACCUGAAGUCUGAAAAUUGUUUGAUCAGCAGUUUCGUCUUGAUGUUGAACAUGAAGAUGAUGAUAACGAUGAUCAAAUUGUGCUCAAACCCUCAAUCAAGAAGCCAAUGAAUGUGUAGUCGCGGUAGUUUUUAGCGUAUCUUGUUUACUCAACCCGUGACUCAAUUGUUAUUGUAGUCGUCCUAUUUUAUUGUCUACAUGAUUAUAUUCUAGUGAUGAGCCAGGAUGUGAAUGUUAUCAGCCCAUCUGCUUCCCUUGUCAAGCAAACAUUAUUUCUUUUAAAUAACUCUUUAUGUAGGCACAACAAGAAGAACAAGAAAAAGUGGGAUCACUGGGAAGGCUGGGAAGAGGAGGCAUGGACGCAAGCGGAGCUAGACCAAUGGGAAAAAGAGAAGGCCGAAAGAUUAGAAAAGAAAAGGGCUGCAAAGCAACUCUCCAAUCAAGAAUCUCCACCGAAAACGCCGCCGAUUGUUGUUGGGGAGUCCACGAAAAACGCCACUCCUUUGCAGGCUUUUUCCGGCGCAGAUACAGCCCCCGCGAAUUCUGGCAAAAACGGGACGACCACCUCGACUUCUUCGACCAACACGGCGACAUCUUCUUCAGCACCAGGAGCUAGUGCUAGUGGACUACAUCAAGAUGCUGGAAAUAGUAUGAAGAUGAAUAAGAGGAAUCAGCACACGACUAGUAGCAACAACAAGAGCGGGGGCGCUGCAGAGGUCGAAGCAUCGCCUCGGGGACCCUCGGAAGCAGUUGAUUAUGCGCCGAAAGUACCACCACCUUCGGACACAAGUACUGCAACUGGCGGUGACGGUGAGAAAGGAAACAAACAGAAGUACACGGCUCAAUCAUCACCGAGAACAACGAGCGGUAGGAGCAAAGAAAGAGGCGGCGCUCCUGAACAGAAAGCGACUGCAAGGGCUGCGAAAAAACAAGAGGCAGAGACGACAAAGAAGCAAGGAAAUGGCGGAGGACAUCAGCAGGUAGACAGAUUUUUGUGAAGGUACCGAUUCACCCGAUCAUGAAGUCAACAAAGAUACAAUUAUCAUUGAUGCCCUCGCUGAGGAGGAGCAAUAGCAUCAAGAUCAACGGCUGCAAUUUAUACUUAUAAUAUAUACUAGCUAUGAGCGUCCGAUAACAUCCCCCUCACUAGGAUCCUCACCCUCCCCAAAGUAAGAAGCUAAGCACUGCAAAGAUGUGAGCGAUAUGCGUUUUCCAAAUUUCGAAAAUUUUCCACGUUUUUGCGUCGUUUUGGGAUUGAAUCCGGUGCGUUUGAAGUGGUAAGACCCCAAAACUUUUGACUUUAAGCCCUUUCUCUGCAAUUUAAUUCCUUGGGUUCGCGUUUUUCAAAUUUCGAAAAUUUUCCGCAUUUUGUUGCCGUUUUGGGAUUGAAUCUUGUGCGUUUGAAGCGCUAAGACCCCAAAGCUUUUGACUUUAAGCCCUUUCGCUGAAAUUCAAUUUCUUGGAUUUGCAUUCUUCAAAUUUCGAAAAGUCUCCACGUUUUGUAGUCGUUUUGGGAUUGGGUUUUGUGCGUUUGGAAGUGCUAAGACCCCAAAGCCUUUGACUUUAAUCCCCUUCCCUGAGAUUCAAUCGCCUGGGUUUGCAUUCUUCAAAUUUCGAAAAUUUUCCACGUUUUGUUGUCCUUUUGGGGUUGAAUCCUGUGCGUUUCAAGUGCUAAGAUUGCCAAAGUUUUUGACUUUAAGCCCUUUCGCUGGGAUUCAAUUUCUUGGAUUUGCAUUCUUCAAAUUUCGAAAAUUCUCCACAUUUUGUCGCCGUUUUGGGAUUGAAUUCCCUGCGUUUGAAGCGCUAAAGUGCCAAAAUUUUGGAUUUUCAGCCCUUUCCCUGAGAGUUAGCUUAUUCUCGGACUCGCAUUUUUCAAAUUUCGAAAAUUUUCCACAUUUUGUUGCUGUUUUCGGAUUGAAUUCUGUGUGUUUGAACUUGAAGUGCUAAAGUCCCAAAAUUUUUGAUUUUAAGCCCUUCCCCUGAGAUUCUUUCAAUCGCUUGGCUUCGCGUUUUUCAAAUUUCGAAAAUUUUCCACCUUUUUCGUCAUUUUGAGAGUAAAUCCCGCGAGUUUGAAGCUCUAAGAUCCCAAAGUUUUUGAUUUUAAGCCCUUUCCCCCGAAAUUCAAUUCCAUUGUGUGCUUCGUGGUUUCCUGGGUUCAUGGGUUCAUGGGUUUGGGGUUUGUUUGUUUUUGCGUCGGAGGUUUUGGGUUCGGGUGUUGGAGGUUUUGGGUUUGGGUGUUGGAGGUUUUGGGUUUGGGUGUUGGAGGUUGAGGUUUCGGAAGGGAAGUGUUUGCAAAGUUUUAUUGCUCUUAAUAUUAUAGAUAUUGCUUGUUUUGAAGAAGAUGCUGUUGCUCCUGCAUUUAUUAUCAAGAAUAUAACGAUCGUUUUUUAUUCGUCAGGUGUACGCGAUCCCACAAGGUCCGAAGCCAGAGGGGGUGCCUGAUCUAUCGAAGUUGGAGCCACCGACCCCGUCUCUGCCUCCUUCGCAGGCGCCGCCAGCUAGCGUCUCGUCGGCCACAAGCAAACGAGUACAGAAGGAAUCGGAGAAACAGUAACUACACAUUUUGUUUACUUAGCUUAUGUUAGAAUUAGCAGUACGUGAUUGUGAUGCUGGAUAUACUGGUGGUGAUGCGACGGUGAGGCAGGCUCUUUUUCUAUCUUCUACAAUGUCGCUCUCGUUCGUUCUUUGCAUCGAAAUUACUUAUGCUAAUUUUGUUCAGGUCUGCUUCUAGCAAAGAUUCUGCCGCGGGAAGCCCCGAUAGAACGGUAGGAGGGGGGAAAGAGGCACGCAAGGGGAAGAAGAAUAAGAGCUCCUGGCAAAGAGUUGAUCAAGCUUCGCCAUCUUCUUCUCCCGAAGACAUCAAAAUGACUACGGCAGAUGUGCCACAGAAGACCUCAUCAGAAGUAAAACCAAGGCCAACUCAGAGUCCAACUGACCGUCUUGUUCCAACUGCUCCACAAUUACCGCCGCCGGGUGCAUUUGCUGGGCCAGGGUUCCCACAGUCCGUACCUCCAUCUGGUCUAUCCGCAAGAGGAGAGCGAGGCGAAGCGCCGUCAAGUAGACCACCAGGCUUCGACCCAACCGAGGGACCGCCUCCAGCUUUGGGGCAUCCAUCGCAGAUGUUGGCACCCCCUUCGAUUCCGAAGGGACCGCCGCCAUCCACGAUACCACAGGUCUCUCCGCCCGACCUGGCACCGCCUCCUGCACUCCCGCCACCGUACUAAUUCUGGCUUCGAGUUCGACCGGAAUUCCCAGUUUCUAAUUUUUUUUCACCCUAUGUGACUUUCAUAUGGUGUUGCAUUAGUAUUUUUUGUCAAUCAAUUACAUCUCAACAAAUAAAUAUGAAUUCAGGUUCGUGCCUCCACGAGGUGCUCCUCCACCAAUGAUGAAUGGCGCACCGCCAGGUGGCCGCGCUCCUGUUCCGCGACCGCCACCGAGCUCGUCCUCCACAGCGAUGUCUAGAAAACUCUCUGAUCGAGAGACGCCGAAAAACACAACACCAGUGAACUACAGUGCGUUCACCGGAACUCCGCAGAAUCAGGCUGCUGCUCCGUCAGGCGGAGGCAUGUCGUCACUCCAACUACAGGCACCGCCUCCCGGCUCCCAACCAAGCAAUCACAAGCACAAUUUUGCGCCAUCGUUCAGGCAAUCUCCUCGAAAUUCUCCUCGAAAACAGCAGCAGCUCCAGCAACAAACUUUCUUUCUUGAGAGGCCGCAAAGUUUUUCGCCUCCUGCUGCGGCCCCCGAAGGCCCGCCUCCAGCAUUGGGUCACCCACCUUCGGCGCUCUUGGGUCAUCCAACACUGCCUCCCGCACUGCCUCCUGCAGCGGCACGCCGAUUUGUGGAAGGAGAGCACUCAAAAGCAGUCUCUUUGACCGCGAGCGACGACAGCGCCUCGACGUCUGGGAGGGCUGCGGGGUGCCCUAAUCUUGGCCACGAAGCUAUCAGCGCGUCCAUCCAGGAUUUGGUUCUGAUCGAUAGCGGAGCUAGUACAGGAGGGUCGUUGGGCGGCUGCAGUUUCGCUGCGCUUACGAGCCGCUGCUUCGACAGCAACGGCAGCAUCACAGAAGAGGAAACGAGUAGCGCACGACUCACGGCAUCGGGUGGUACUGUGGUCGACGGCACGGAAGCAAUGCAGCAUGGGGGCUCAUCUUCAAUAGCAAAUUCUACGAUGCUCGACUCUAUCUCAAGAAUAUCCGUGAAUACUAGUAGGAUGGACAUUGAGAAUAUCAUGAGUCAUCUACAACAACCUCAUGAAGCAUCUACUUCUUGCGGCGCUGCUGGAUCAUUAGCACAGUUCAGAACACAAGAUGAGGAGGAGGACGGCAGAGCAAGCGUUGUUCGUGUUACAGAUUCUCAAGCAGGUGUAGGAGCUACAUUGAACACGGGCAAACAGCUUCGUGAGAAAAUACUCGACGAGGGAGUUCCCGGUUCACAGCGAAUAUGUAGCCGAUCCGCGCUUCUUGUACAUCGCAGCUCUGACGCAAACACAACAAAUUGCGGCUGCGAAGAAGGUGCAGGAACAACGACCACCGCAGGAGGAACAACAUCCACUACCAUCGGCGGCACGGCAGCCGGGGAAACAACCCCAGCAGCCUCGACAUUGAAACGCGCAGGCCCGACUGUGAGUAAGGCGCAUGUUGGACCCAACAGUAUUCCGCGAAUAUCAGCCACAGGAGCAUCAUCGGCCUUCAAAUCUACCGUCGCUUCCAGCACGACGUCCAGCACCGGUUCGGCAGCCAGUGGCGUUACGCUUCCGGGCGUCACGAAUGCAGGAGGCCCUGUGGCACAAGAAUAUGUUGUGCAAGAGAUGCAUUCUUGCGCCGCGCAACAUCAGAUCUUGACUGUCAGAAUGCCACCCUCAUCAAUGCCAGGAGCUGUUUCCCCUCACCCACUUCUAGUUGGAGGAGCCGGAUUCCAACAGCAAGGACCGCAGCAACCCACUUGUGGCGCUUUGCAAGCCCUUAGUCUGUCUCGCUUUGAAGGGUCAACAUCAAAUGCAGGAGUUCCGAUGUCCGGGCAGAUGCCGAGCCCAACACAGCUUUUGGCUCCCCAUCAGCAGCUUCGGUUGGCGCCGAGAAUAGCAGCGCCUGAAGCGAUAUCAACAACAAGUGGCAACUUCAACUCUAACUCUGGAAUGUUGAUUGCCGGACCACCUACGGUUGGUGGAGUUGGGUCUUUUCCCAGUACCGCAGGUGCUUCUUCUAGUAGUUGCAGCGACCAGCAUCCCCAGAGGCAGAACAUUAUGAACGCGAGUCUAAAUCAACCUCCAGCACCUGCGGAAACGAACCCUCGAUUUCAGCACUAUGGACAGCCACAACAUCAAUUUUCGUCAGUGCCAUCCAGUGCACCCCAGCUGCAGUCAACUGCUUUUCGAAGCUCGCCAGUCGGGCAAAUCACGCGGGAAACGCUGCAUAUGUUUCAGCAGAAGUCUUCAUUGAUGUCUCAGUCAUCUUCAGCAGCUGCACCUCUUCCAGUGGGAACACCGGCUCCAGGAGUUGGAGCCGUUAUUUCCGGACUUCCAGCUUCCUCUCCAACACCUGCUGUGGUCGCGGGCACCUUACACGCACCAUCGACGUCGCCUCUCACGGGCAUGGUUUCGAUGCCUGCGUCUGCAGCGAGUGCUGCCAACGUGGGUAAUGUGCUGGCAUCUACUGAUAUCCCAACUUCAUCAACAUCGAAUAGUGUUUAUUUUGGUUUCACGCCAGCGACUGGUGCACCAUCGCCCUUGGCUUCCUCGUCAAGCUCAUGUUACCCACGAGGAAGCCGUCUAGCGAAUCCGUCGAUGCUGCAACAUCAACAGCACCAGCAGCUACUAGUACAACAGUCAGAAGGACUUGCACAGCAGCUGAUAGCGCAGAUGAUGCAGAAUCGGUCGCAACAACAACAGCAACAACCGAUGCAGCAGGCCCUGAGAGGUAGCUUGGCGGGGCUCUGUCAGCAACAAAUAAAUGCUGGGAGCUUCGUUCAACAAGGAGGAACAACAGUAACGAGUGCAAUCGCAUCAAUGAAUAAUAGUACCACGUCGAACACCAAGAGCGUCAGUACUAUGGAAGCACCUGUGAUGUCAUCCACGUCAACGACAGUCCCCCUGCCUCCAUCUUCUUCAAACCACGAGGGUGUCGCAAUGCUCAGCGGACCGCUAGGGAUUACGCCCCAGCAACACCUGGGAUUGCAGCUAGCUUUGCAGCAGCAGAUGUCAAUGUCAGGACCACCGAGUAACAAUGAAUUGCUAACACAGCAACGGCAGCAAACGACAUCUUCCACGCAACAAGGUGUUGGCGGUACCACAAUAGUGCAGGCAACGUUCCCCCCAAAUACACGGCGAGGUAGUCGAGAAUAUUUGUCUGGCCGUGGCGAGCAUCUUACUGACGUGAGCGGACGUGCGUCUGUGAUGACUGCGGCAAUAACACCUCAUCAUGGCCCCCGGGGCAGCGGUGUCAAUUUGUUGCCACACACGAAUUCUCACGCUGGUUCUUGUGCAACUACAAACAAUAUCAUCAAGGGCGACAAUGGCGGCGGUGGGGGUCCUCCAAGUGGAUUACCGCUUCAACAGUUUGUGCAACAUCCUCAGGUACAGACCCCUACUUCUACCUGUAACAAAGGUGGAGCGGGAACAACAGGAGGGCCAGUUGUGCACAACACUAGCAAAGCUAGUAAUCAUGGAUCACUGGCGCAAGGGAUGAGCAUUCUUCACAUCCUUGGCAACCAAGCGCAUGCGCCGCCCAACAUGGCAGCGCAGGAGCAAACGCCGUCUUGAAUCCUGCAGGCGCCUCUUUAAAUAGUGAACCUCUGAUGUACUUUCUUUUUAUCAUGUUUACAGUCACAACCUUGUCAACAAGCAUAGUUUGAUUUGCAGCAGUCACAACUUGAGGCAGAUGUUUUUUACGGGGUCUUCCAGUUCCUCUACGUAGAUAAUAGACACAAAUUCAAAUAUCGUACAAAAUUAAAUCCUGCUAAGCCAGUAUUUCUGAAAAACCGUUGAAAUUCAAUCUGUGACGUUUAUUCGAACAUUUUGAUAUUUUCUUCUUUCUUCAUUAUGUUGAGCAAGCAACGGGCUCAUGCGUGAUAGAAUUCUAAGCUAUUGGUAAUCACUUACCCGACUUAAAAUUCAAUAGAUUGAUAAAUAUAGAUCACCCCCGCUCACCCUAGCGAACAGGCUGGGCCUGCGGACGGCAUUCCGAUAUUUUUUCAAUUGGAAUGUUGUCGUACUUAUAAUUUUUUCGAACGUAGAAGAUGAAUUUCUAUUGUGUGUCCCUCUAAAAAGCGCCACAUUGUCGUAGUCUACUUCAGUGGAUAUUUUACUCAAACAUUGGUUGAUGAGAUUGUCUCGCGUACGUAAUCAACUUCAAAGCAUUUUUUUAAAACGCCCUGAAGAUGAAUCUUGUCGGGUUUUGUAGUUGAAUUCUAGUCAUGGUGUAAUAGUUUUAGUUGCUAACUCCUUCGAUGAGAUCAGCGAUCGGGUAGUGCGAUCCGCAGAACUGCUCAAGUCAGAUGCGAUCAAACUUCUUCCUCCGUAUGGGUAUCGUCUUGUAUUCAAUAGACCUAACCUAGUUCCAAAGCAUCAGGUCAUUAUAUCUCUUUUUUGUCGUCAUCACCCACACCCGUAUUUUGUUUUUUUCGUGUCAAUGUCAGUCAUUGUCUUCGCUCACUAUUGAUUUCUUUUGUCGCUCGUCAAUGCAUCAUCUUUCGGAAUUAGAAUACUUCUCACACUCACGACGCGGACGCGUCGUCUUGUGCUCCUUCUACAGAUAACACGCAGCUCAUAGAUAUGUGCUAUUGGUACUAUAUUAAUGUAUCGUGUGAAGGAACGACUACUUCUCUGCUAAUAUUCCUUGUUGUACUAGUUGUUCCCCAUCCCCAGCAUCCAUGUUGUAUCUGUCGAAGUCAAUUGAAUGUUUUUGGCUCUUCUUCCCAGGUCGUAAUUUUCACUCACAAGGAAGCAUCAUGAAGAUAAACUUAAAGUUAUUCAUUUUCAUAGAGUCUACUCAGGCAUGACAUUGCUGUGUUUAUCCCCCCAUCCCCCAGAUGAUUGGAUUAUGCAUCGUCGUCAUUAUUAGCUUUGCGUAUUAAGGAUAAGGAAACUAGAGUUGAUAAUUUACCUCGGGUAGGCUGUACCUCAUCUAGGCAAUCGACAGAUAAUUACUCAGAGGAUUUCACGAACUCCUCCACACGAAAAAUUAUAUAAAUAUAUGAAUCCCUCAUCUUCACCCAGAAUUCCACCCGUCAUCCAAGAACCAGAAACUGCCGUGACAAUCUGCUAUAAUUGGUACCUCCUCCUUUGACCUUGUGGUCCUGGUCGUCGACAAUAUGAAAUUUUUCAGCGCUCGACGGAUGUACAUGCUCUUUGUAUUCCCUGGGAAUAUGCUAGGUCCUGCUUCAAAAUAAUUGCUUCGUCUGAAUAUGAUAUCGAUUGUACUAAACGUUGCGGUUUUCAGCAGGC